AUGGUUUCACAGCCUCCUGACAGUCUGCCACCCCGCCAGUGUGCCGUCUGCCAUAAACGCACCAAGCUCUCCCGCUGUGCGGGCUGCCAGGUCGUAUACUAUUGUGGCCGCGACCACCAAAUCGCGGACCGCAAAGCGCACAAAAACGACUGCAACCAGACCAAGGAGUAUUACAAGAGGUAUCUCCAGGAAGAGAGCGCCCUCCGCAACGCCAAUGAGUCUGAACGGGGCUGGACCUGGGACAUGGCGGUCGGGCAGUUCUGGAGCCUCAAGGACACGCGGGACUACAUGCGGGCACGCUUCGGUUAUAUCGGGACGCUCAUGGCCAUCGACACCAUCGACGCCAUCGAGAUGUCAUUGAAUCACCAACUAGACAUGCUGCGGCUGUGCCGCGGCGACAACAUGAGCAUCCGCAGCUACACGCCGCAUUCGAUGCUUCGUCUCGGCCGGGAUCAGGAGGCGUAUGACUUUGUGAAGUGGUGGGCCGCGACGGCUGAGAACAGCCACUACGACUGGGACGACAUGGAGCUGCCGCACAUGAACCUCAAGGGCGAGGACGUUUUUGAAGGGGUAGACAAGUUUGCGAAGCGCUUCGGCUCGCUCAGCCACAAGAUGGCCGUGACGCUUCUGAAAGUGCGACUGUAUCUCGACCUGUGCGAUCUCCGCAACGUCGACCGCGCUUUCAAGGGGGUCCUCCCGCAGAACGUGACGGACAACAUCAAGCGGCACGUCGUGCGGACCGACGUCGUCGGCGGGCGGCGGGACCUGAUCGAGAACACGGAAGUCACGACGGGCCCGCUGGUGGAGGCGCUGAAGAAGCAAAUCACGACAAUGGUCAAGAACGUCAAGGAGACAAACGAGCACAUGUGGCCGGGCAUGUUCAACCCGCGGUUACUGCCGGACGAGCUGCCGGACGCAUACACGAUGGGGUCGCGCGAGGAGAUGACGCUGACGUGGGCAUACAGCCACCCGGCAUGGACGGAGAACCCGGGGUCGCUGGCGGUGGUGAAGAGGGCCGGGGGAGCCUAG